CUAUCGAGCAAGGAAGUGGUGCGUGCUUCACGCCCGCGUUCUCGAGUUGUACGCGCGCAUAACGGUGAGAGCACGUGUAGCCCUUUGUGCCAGACGAAAGUAGAGCAGUCGUCUUCGUGUGGCAAAGAUGCCUCGGGCCAACCGCGGUACAGACUGAGUCUACCCAAACUCGUAAUCAAAGGACGAAGGAUAAUGUUAGGCGCGGCAGCUUCGAGUACAAUACCGAUAUGUUGAGUCGAUUGGUGUUUUAAAAGUGAGAGUGACUCCACCCCCGACAACGAGAUACCGUCCUCUUGUGACUCCUGUGACUGCCACCGAUCUCUUUCGACUGCUAUUUCUCUUUGUUUGUGUAUGUUUUGUGCGGUUGCCCGUGUGUGUGUGCGCGCGACACGAGAGAAAUAUUCGAAGAUUAAGGUCGACGGCCGGCGGCGCCAUCGAGCUCGGGAGUCUGCUCGUCUACGUCUCGCUGCAAAUAGGUUUGACUUUCGAAGGAAGAUACGCUAUUACAUGAGUUGGAUGUGAUGUGACGUUACGAUGACGCAACAUUUGCAAAGAGAAGGAGUGUGCUUUAAAGCACGUUGCCUCGUUAAUGUAAUAUCCUUCCUUCUCUUAAUUCCAUCCUUCUUCAUAUCUGAAAUUCACGCCCAAGCAGCAGAAUGUCCGCCAUCCGAGUUAAUUCCAGGAUGCUCCUGUUACAACUUCGAAGAUGGACUUUUUCUUGAAUGCGUCGGCGCGUCAGAGGAAACAUUGAGAUUAACCCUACUUGGUGUUAUGAAUUCAGCAGGAGAAGAUGCAUUUGUACAAUCUCUUAGUAUCUACGAGCUAGAUAAGAUUAUAGAAGAAUUAAAGGAAAGUGCAUUUCCCGCAGGUUCGCAGAUCGGGCAUCUGCAAAUUUCUCAUUCGUCGCUGCGCGACAUUAGUGAAUCUGCCUUUAAAAAUUUAAAAAAUAGUUUGGAAUCACUAGCAUUAAUUUCCGGUCGUUUGACUCAAGUUCCACAAAAAGCUCUUGCAGAACUACAUAAACUGGCGGCCUUGGAUCUCGAGGCUAAUAUAAUCCAGGAUCUUUCAUCAUAUUGCUUCUAUGGGCUGAAAUUAAUGAAGCUUAGUCUUAAAGGAAAUCAAAUUUCUAAAAUAUCAGAGUAUGCAUUCGCUGGACUUGAGAAUUACUUAACAGAUCUAGAUCUCACGGAGAAUAAACUUAAACUCUUUCCAAUGACAUCAUUAAGGCGACUUGAGAGUCUGGAUUCAUUAAGACUUGCUUGGAAUGAGAUAUCAGAAUUGCCAAACGAUGGAUACUCAUUAUUAAACUCCUUACUUAUUUUAGAUUUGAGCAGUAAUAAUUUUGAUAAACUCGGUGAAAAUUGUUUUAGGCCAUGCCCAAUUGUACAAACUUUGUCACUUUACUAUAAUAAUAUUGAAGAUGUUGAUAAAAAUGCUUUCAUAUCAUUGAAAGAUCUCGAGUCUAUUGAUCUCAGUCAUAAUAAAAUAGUAUUCCUUGAUGCCACUACAUUUAAAGCCAACGAACGUCUGCGUACAAUUGAACUUAGUCAUAAUCAUAUACAUUAUAUUGGUGGAGUUUUCGCAGGACUGCCAGAGUUAAGAGAACUUUACCUAGCCGAAAAUAAUAUUCUUGAAAUUCCAAGUGAUGCAUUUAUAGGAAGCAUUAGUUUGAGUGUGGCUUACUUUCAACAAAAUGCAAUACGCAGAAUUGAUGGAAAAGGUCUUGCGAGUCUCAAUCAGCUUGAGCAAUUACAUUUAACCAACAAUUACAUUGAAAAGAUUCCCACAGAAUUCUUCAAAUAUUGUGAUAAACUUACUUCCUUGUCAUUAGAUGGUAAUAAGAUACAAGAAUUGCAUGUUGGUACUUUUUCAAAAUUAGAAAAACUACGAGAGCUACGAUUACAGGAUAAUCAAAUUAAUGAAGUAAAACGUGGUGUAUUUUCACCGCUGCCGGCACUCCAAGAACUUCAUUUACAGAAUAAUGCAAUUGUUAAUAUUGAAACGGGUGCAUUAAGUACAUUGAGCAGCUUACAACAUGUUAAUCUCCAAGGAAAUCAGCUGACAGUGUUAGGUGACGUUUUUCAAUUGUCAUCGGACACAUUAUCAAGUGGUAGUUCAUUAGUCUCUAUUCAGUUGGACAGCAAUGGAUUUGCCAUAUUACAUAACAAUUCAUUGCGCGGCCAAGCUUCUGUAAGAAUCAUGUGGUUAGGCCAUAAUAAAUUGACGCAUUUGCAAGCACCACUGUUCCGUGAUUUGUUACUGGUCGAGCGUCUUUAUUUAACGAAUAACUCUAUAUCAAAAAUUGAAGAUGCUGCAUUCCAACCAAUGCAGGCACUGAAAUUUCUUGAGCUAAGUAUGAAUAAAUUAAGUCACGUGACAGAUCGUACCUUUUCCGAGCUGCAUGAGCUUGAAGAACUGUAUCUUCAAGAUAAUGGCUUGCAAAAACUUGAUCCAUAUUCCUUAACAGCGUUGAAAAAACUAAAAGUCUUAGAUUUAGCAAACAAUCAGUUAACAGUUUUACAGGAUGCUGUAUUUCAAAAGGGAUUGCCAAUUCGUAAAUUAAAUUUAAAAAACUGUUCCAUUCAAACGAUAGAGAAUGAAGCAUUUUUAGGUCUCGUGGAGCUAAUAGAUCUUAAUUUAGAAAAUAAUCAGCUAACCGCCCCAGCUCUUCAAAGACUUCAAAUUUCAGGAUUACAGAUUCUUACAGCUUCUGGAAAUAAUUUUAGUCAGCUGUCGGAACACAGCUUCAAUGGAUUACCCGCGCUGCAGCAGCUUAUAUUAGACGAUGUACAAAUUUCUCAAAUGUCCGAAAAUAUUUUCGUUUUAAAUGUGAACUUGGCAAAACUUCAUUUAAAUCAUAACUAUCUACGUACAUUACCACCUGGUAUUUUCAAUAAUUUAUUAGCACUGCGAGAAUUGCGUGCUGAUUAUAAUAAACUCAUCGGUCUUCCAUAUUCAGCUCUUGCAAGUUCGAAGAAUUUAGAAAUUUUAUCCUUAUCGCAUAAUAAUAUAGCAACUGUAGAUGUUGCUAGCUUAUCAGGAUUAAAGAAUUUACGAGAAAUUGAUUUAAGCCAUAAUAAAAUUGAAUCAAUGUCUGGAUUUGCAUUGGCGAAUCUUUCUCGCUUAUUUUCAGUCGAUUUAAGCCAUAAUAAUUUAAAUGCACUACCUGUAAAUUUUUUUACUCACUCAUCGAUGUUACGACGAAUUGAUCUCUCAGAAAAUAAAUUCAAACAGAUUCCUGCCAUCGCUCUAUCUGGACAAAAUCUCCCCGGAUUAACAUGGCUAAAUUUAACAAAAAAUCCCUUAAGUAAAAUACACGAAAUACCUUCGGAAUCAAUGUAUCCUCUAUUACAAGAGAUACACAUAUCAGGUACUAAUUUAUCCAUACUUACGUCGCAGGAUUUCGAAGCUUUUCCUGCGCUUCAGUAUCUUUUCAUAAGUCAAAAUAGUAUUUCUCGAGUAUCACCUGGCGUAUUUCGUAGUCUACCGAAUCUAUUAACCCUUCAUCUUGGAAUGAAUACUCUUGAUAUUUUACCUCAAGAGCGGCUUCAAGGACUGGAGCAUCUGCGCAUACUCAAUCUUACUCAUAAUCGUUUAAAGGAACUGGAGGAAUUUCCAGAGGACUUAAAAGCAUUACAGAUACUAGAUCUCUCUUUCAAUCAGAUCGGUACAGUCGGCAAAGUAACAUUCAAGAAUUUGGUCAAUUUAGUCGAGCUUCAUCUUUAUGGAAACUGGAUCAAUACGAUUUCGAGUGAAGCAUUUCGUCCUUUGAAGAAACUUCGACUCCUUGAUCUUAGUAGAAAUUACUUGGAGAAUCUACCAUUGAAUGCUUUUCGACCUCUAGAGACACAGAUACGAAGCCUUCGAGCUGAAGAAAAUCCUUUGAACUGCGGAUGCGAAUCUCAAGAGCUUUGGGAGUGGCUGCGAGACCAUCAGAAACUAGUUGGCGGGGUAGGUCGAGGUCGCGGUAAAAGCAGCGUAGGAAUAAAUGAUGUUGAAGGAGGUUUGUUAAGAUGUGAGCAGCCGCCUGAGCUUCGAGGUUUAGUAUUUCUCGAUCUGGAUCCUCAUGCAUUCUGCUCAGCGCCAUUAGUACUAAAGCUGGCUAUUCAAGAUAUCCAGCCUUUUUCUGUUCUCGUUUCUUGGCAGAGCAGAAAUCAUUCUGGGUUACAUGGAUAUCAAGUUGCAUAUCACGCUUUGGGUAACGUAGAUGAAGUGCGCGGGAAGCUCUUGGAUCCGAAAGCUCGUUCAGUGCGGCUGACGAAGCUCGUCCCUGAUACACGCUAUCUUAUCUGUGUGCUGGGCCUCGGCAGCUGGGGCACGCCCAUCCCUGAGGACAUCAACAACUGGCAGUGGAACGCUUCGCAGGACGACGUAAUCGAAGGUUCGGCACAUCCAGUGAUGGUUAACUCGGCAAUGAGUCGCUGUACCGAAGUGCGCACCCUUGAAGCUCCCAGUUCAGUAGUGGAGGAUGGGGCUCUAGGCGAUAGAGGCAGCCUCGCCAGUAUCCUCACCCGACGCCUCGGUCUUAUCGUUGGCAGCUGCAUGGGCUUCGUUGUAUUCGUCGUGCUUAUAUCCGUGCUCGGCUACAUGAAAAUGAAAAAGCAGCGCGCGGCUGUCAAAAGGGAGCAACCUCUAGCUCCAAAUCCGCCCGAAUACAUGUCUUAUCGGCACUUCUCGCUGCAGAGCGGCGAUCGCCCGGACAACACCUGCCCGAGCUUUAUCAGCAACAUCGGCACUACUGCCCUCAAUUCGUAGCACAAGCCCAACGAGUCCUGCGAUGACGAGCAGGACAUUGAGCUCAAGAGCGUCUCAGCGGGUAGGACCAUCUUUGCCUGAUUCGGACACAGACA